AUGCAUGACCUACUCAAUGAUCUAGCUAAAUCUGUAAGUGGAGAAAUAUGCCUCCAUUUGGAUGAUGAUGAGUUGAAGGGCAUAAAAUCACAUGCAAACGUUCGCCAUUCAGCGUUCGUUUGUCAUAAGUAUGACAAGUACCAAAGAUUUGAAGACUUUUAUGAGAUGAGUAAUCUGCGAACAUUCUUAGCAUUAUCCACUGAUCGAUGGCGAGGUAAUUUUUUAUCUAUUAGAGUGGUGCAUGACCUAGUGCCAAAACUGAAACGUUUAAGGAUUAUUGGCGCCUUAAAGCAUUUACGAUAUCUUGACUUGUCUUACAACACUGGGAUUAUAAGAUUACCUAAUUCACUGAGUAAUCUUCAAAACUUGCAGACACUGAAGUUAUGUGAGUGUCGGAAUCUUAUUGAGUUGCCCACAGGCAUUGGCGCUUUAAUCAAUUUGAUGCACCUCGAUCUUAAAGGCACGGAUGCUUUGCAGAGGAUGCCGUUGGGGGUAGCUAAUUUGAUAAAUCUUCAAACAUUGUCGAAGUUUAUCGUGGGAAAAGGAAGUAAUUGCCUUGGAAUUAGAGAGCUAAUGAAGCUCCCUCAUCUAGAAGUACAACUUCGUAUUGAAGAGCUACAGAAUGUGGCAAGGAUUGAAGAUGCGAAUCUCGUUGAUUUAAAGAAGAUUGAGAAUCUUGGUGAUUUGGCUUUGGUAUGGACCCAUAAAUUGCGUGAUUCACCACGCGAAGAGGAUCAUGAAUUCCAGUUUCUCAACUUGCUAGAACCUCAUCAAAAGUUGGAAAGGCUUUCGGUUCAAUUUUAUGGCGGUAAGCAAUUUCCGUUGUGGAUAGGAGAUCCUGCAUUCACAAAUAUGGUGGAUCUAGAGCUUUGGGAUUGUCGGAAUAUUACGUCGCUGCCACCACUAGGUAGACUAUGUAAACUGAAAAAGCUGAGCAUCAAAGGCAUGGAUGAACUGCUAGAAGUAGGGCUUGAGCUUUCCCCGUCUCUUGAGAUUCUAGAAUUUACGGAUAUGUUGAAGUUGAAGCAAUGGGCUCACUCUGAUGACGUCAAUGAAGAGGUUACAAGAAAAUUUCCUAGAUUACGUGAAAUUAGGAUAAGGAAUUGUCCUAAAUUGGUUGUGACAUUGCCUACCUCCCUUCCUUCCCUUGAGCAUUUGGACAUUGAUGGAUGUCAAGAUAUUAUUCUCGAAAGUGUGCAUGAUCUAUGUUCCCUUCGAACCUUGUCCAUUUGGAGUAUUUCAGCGCUUGAAAAUUUACAUCAAGUGGUUACGCAGUCCUUGGUGGCGCUAGAGUAUCUGUGGAUUACUGAUUGCAGCCAAUUGAUACACCUGUGGCGGGAUUCAACUAAUUUAGACAAACUUUCUAGCUUGAAAUCUUUACAGAUCCAAGGGUGUCAGAAGCUAGUGUCGUUGGUAGGAGGAGAGGAAGGGAAUUUGCCUUGCAAUCUUGAAAUUUUGUCGAUAUGGGACUGCGAUGAAUUGAAGAUUCUGCCAAAUGGGUUGCAAACCCUCACAUCUCUUAGAGAGCUGAAAAUCCUUCAGUGCCGAAACCUUGUGUCCUUCCCAUCUGCAGGUUUACCUUGUAGUCUUAAAAGUCUCGAAAUCAAAUAUUGUGAUUCUCUGGAGUCCUUGCCUAAGGGCAUUGUGCAUGAUAGUAACGCCAGGAAUGAGAUGUCUCAUCUUGAGGUUGUGCGUGUCAAAGGAUGUCCAUCUCUUACAUCGCUUCCAAUUGGUGAAUUUCCCUAUUCAAUUAAAAAUAUUGAAAUUUGCUUUUGGACGACACAACUUUUGGAUUCAUUUCAUAAUAGGUUCUCGCAUCUCACCGAAUUAGCAAUAGAUGACUCUCAGUUGGAGUCUUUCCCAGAAAGUGGAUUGGCCAUCCCCAACCUUUGCCAUUUAACCAUCGCCAACUGUCGGAAUUGGAGGUUGCUUCCCAAUCAAACCCCAAACCUUACUUCUUUAUCCAUAUGGCAUUGUGAGAAUUUGAGAUUUCUUCCCAAUCAAAUGCAAAAUCUUACAUCUCUUCAACGUUUAGAAAUACAUUACUGUGGAGGUCUUGUGUCCUUUCCAGAUGGCGGUUUACCCCCAAAACUAGGUAGUCUUAUAAUCUCGCAUUGCGAGAAUCUGAAACAGCCAAUGUCAGAGUGGAUACUCAAUAGACUCACCUCUCUCAUAAUCAGAGGGUCAUGUCCAAGUACAGAUAUGGAUUCCUUCCCAGAGGAGAAGGGCCUGCUGCUUCCCUCUUCCCUAACCUCUCUUAAGAUCGAAGAUUUUAAAAAUCUGAAAUCAAUAUCCAGGGGCAUUCACCAUCUCACCUCUCUUGGUGAUUUAAUAAUUCGAUAUUGCCCUAACCUCCAGUCCUUUCCCAAGGAAGGCCUUCCGACCACACUUGGAAGCUUGACAAUCCAUAGGUGUCCCCUCCUGGAAAGACGAUGCAGAAAAGAGAAAGGAGACUAUUGGCGCUUUAUUGCCAAUAUCCCCCAUUUCACAACUGAAUAUUCCAAACUCUAGAGGGAAUAGAGAAUGAAGGGAGCCCUGAAAUACAAUGAGUAAAGGAUGGUAUGUGCAAGCUGAGGAACAUAAUGGCCUGCAUAGCUUUCUCCAGAAAUGUAGAAAUCUCUUCCUUUAUAUUCUGGAAAUCUUUGAAGCCAAUUUACCAAAAUCAAAUAAUUUUCUGUU